GCGGGAAACGUCUGCUCUGAUGGAGCCCGUCUCUUCAUCCUGAUUGUUUACUUCUGACCUGGGGCGUCGGCCCCCCUUUUGCAUUACUAAUAAUAAUGUUGCUCCUCUUUUCGUGUCUUGACGUCCGUUGCAUUUCUCUCUCUCUCUAUUUACUGUUUUGUUUCUAUUUUAUUUUUGAAUUUUCUUUCUGAUUAUGGGCGCAUCCAAGUUGCAUGGACUAAAAGGUUGGAAUGGCGCCAGUGAGCAAUCAUCUAAAUAUCCGAACAGGAGGAAGACGGGAAAAGGAAAAAGAAGUGGAAAAAAAAAAAAAAAAAAGACAAGAAUGAUUUGUUAUUCUAAAUUUCAGCGAAGCAUGCGUGGAGCGAUGGCCUUUAUAGCCAUGACCUUGGGUAAUUUCGUUUCUUUUCACUGUUCCGUGGUCGACUCAAUUGGAGAUAUCUGCCACCCAGACCGUCUUGAUUUGAUGUUAUUUACCAUGGGAUGGAUAGAGAUAAUACUGUCCUGGUGGACUUAUAAUAUAAUUUUAACCCUCCACAUUUGUAUCGCAUCGUGUAUCGACCAUUUAUAUCACGUAGAACAUAUCUUAUGUGAACCAUGGUUGCUGUUUCUAUGGUUGACGGAACCAAUGGAUUACCGCAUAUAUAUAUAUUCACAUCCCCUCAAUCUCAUCUGUCCAUCAUCCAACACCCGUCAAAUAUUAUCAAUUCCAUCACUGAUGUGUUAUUUUCUACCGUUUUCAUCAGAUAAAGAGCUACUGUAGUAUCGGAUCGGUUUCCAUCCUUCUACUGCUCUCCAAUAUGCUGCCAGCCCGCCGCUCUAAACGCCGUGCUAGCGGGCGACGGUGGUUGUUGAAGAGCGACGAUGAUACGACACGCUGCAGUCAAAACAACUGAUCGUCCCGUGUUCCAGGCCCGGCCCCGGGGCCGUCGCACAGGUGAGACUGACUUCGAAUGUCUCUCUUUUUUUCUUUGCAGACUCUGGGGGGAUUUUUUCUACAGCCA